UAUAAAACCACAAUAUUGACUGGCAUAUGGCCCCUUUUCGUGGUCGCGGAACUCGCGGGGGUUUUAGAGGACGAGGGGGAGGUCGCGGAAGGGGAGGACGAGGAGGAAGAGGUGGAAGAAACAACGGACGAGAUACCCGUCGUGGAUUCGUAGCUACGAAGCUAGAAGAUGUCGAUGCGAACGGAACAGAAGACGCACCGAACUUCAGCGAAGAGGAAUCAGACAGCGCGCAGUCCUCAGACGAAUCGUCCGAGGAGGAAGAGGAGGAGGGACAGACUUCCUCCCAAGCCUACCAGGCCUUAUUGCGAUCAUACCAAUCGAAUGCGCCCAAGGAUAAGCCACGGCGAAAGAGGCAGAAACUUGAACAUCACGCUGCUGAGUCGGACGAAGAAGCACAGUUCGAAUCGAGCGACUAUGAAUCUGCGGAUACAGACCAGGAUGAUGACGAUGCUGCUGAUGCCAUCGAACAAGUGGACGCAGAAGCCGAAAGUUCUGAUACCGACGAUGACGAUGCUACAAAGCAGGACCCAUUCUUAAGGCACUUUGCCAAUCCGGACGAGAAGGAGCUAUCACAACAAUUACAAGCAAUUGCGCAGAACAAGUGGGCGAGUGAAAGGUUAAGCAGUGCUGGAGGGGGAAGAUGCAUGGUACAAUAUCCUGAUUUUGGAGGAAAAGCACCUUCACGGCCGAAACUGCGUGCUCCAAAGGACAUCAGCUUAAAGCCACGGCUCGCAGCCAAGGCGCAGGAUGUGAUUGGGGAGUUUACAACCCUGGAACAAGCCAUUGCGCCGUCCAUAUUUGAGUACCAAGACGUCCUUUUUGGUGCGAGGACCGCCGAGAACGCCGACCGCCUGCGAUCGAUGACUUGUCUCCAUGCGCUCAACCAUAUUUUCAAGACAAGAGAUCGUGUCAUCAAGAACAAUGACAAGCUCGCUCGGAUGGCGGACGAUACGGAGGCUGAGUUCCGAGAUCAGGGUUUCACCCGUCCCAAGGUCCUCUUCCUUUUGGAAACAAAGCAAGCUUGCGUUCGCGCAGUAGACGCUAUGACAAAGAUAUGCGAUUUUGAGCAACAGGAAAACAAGAAACGCUUCAUGGAUACAUUCUUCUUACCCGAAGACAAGUUCGGAGAAGAUAGGCCAGCCGAUUACCGAGAACUUUUCGAAGGAAACGACGAGAACGAGUUUAGAAUCGGGAUGAAAUUCACUCGCAAGACGGUGAAGCUAUUCUCGAAGUUUUACAACUCAGAUAUCAUCUUUGCGUCUGCACUAGGAUUGCGCCGUGCCAUUGAAUCGGGCGAUCCUAAGAAGAAGGACUUCGAUUUCCUGAGUUCGAUCGAGGUUGUCAUUAUGGAACAAGCAGAUGCAACCCUGAUGCAAAAUUGGGAACACGCAGAGUACGUUUUCGAGCACUUGAAUCUGCAACCCAAAGACGCACAUGAUUGCGACUUCUCCCGUGUCCGAUCUUGGUAUCUCGAUGGCCAUGCCCCGAACCUCCGGCAAACCGUUGUACUGUCGGCAUACUUGACGCCCAAGAUUAAUACAUUGUAUAACAAGCACAUGAAGAAUGUUGGAGGACGUCUGAAAUACACCGCAGACUACACCGACGGGGCCAUAGAAACCAUUAACUACAGCGUAAAGCAGACAUUCAGCCGUUUCGAGUCACCAAAUCACGUAUCCGAUCCAGACGCCCGCUUCAAAUAUUUCAGCUCGACACUCCUCCCACAAAUCACCCGACUUCCCAAGCCCGUUGAAGGUGGCCUCGGUGUUCUGGUAUUCAUACCUUCCUAUCUUGACUUUGUCCGUGUACGAAACUCUCUUGUCGAUAGCGAUUUCAGCUAUGCUAGUAUAUCUGAGUACACCGAUGCCACCAAUGUCCGCAAGGCGAGAUCACACUUCAUGUCUGGUCGCCAUUCUGUGCUGUUGUACACUGGACGUGCACACCACUUUCAUAGAUACCGGAUUCGCGGUGUCAAACGAGUGAUAUUCUAUGGCGUUCCCGAGAAUCCUCACUUCUACACAGAAGUCGUUGGGUUUGUAGGUUCAUCUUUGGAGAGGGGCGAGGUCAGCAAGGUAGAGACCAGCGUUCGUGUCGCAUUCUCAAAAUGGGAGCGAUUGGAAUUGGAACGUAUUGUUGGAACAAAACGUGUAGGAAAAUUUGUGUCUGACAAAGGAGACAUCUUCGAUUUCGUUUAAGAUAUCCAUGUCAUAUAGAAGAUAUAAUGAUAUGUCCUUUAUGGGCAUCAAAUAUUGUUCGUGAG